CGACGGUGGUCACACUGAGGAAGUGCGCGGAGCCCAAGGAAGUGAAGGAGCGAAAGGAGCGCAGGACCAAGGGGAGGGAGGGCAGGAAAGAAAGUGUAACGGAGAUAAAGAAUGUGACGGGGCGGAAAUCGGCAGGUGCUGCUGUGGCCCCCGGGCCGGCUGCGGUGCCCGUCAAGGUGCCUGGAAAGAGAGGAAGGAAGCCGAAGGUCAAAAUCCUACCUCCUGUACCCACAAAUCAAGCACGUCCUCCUUCCUCAGGACACUCCACCAAGGUCCAACGGCAGGUCCAUGCCAACCAGGGCCACGGCAAGAACCACGGCCAGGCCAACAGCAAGACCCCCAUCCCCACAGCGCCAAAACAGAGGGGGCCGCAAACCCAGAGAUCCUGGCGCAGCGCCGGUGGAGAAGAAGAAGAAGGGGAAGAGGAGAAACCAGGAGCCGGCUGUCCAGGAGGGAGCGAGAGUGACGACACUACCUCAAUGUCCGCCCUCAAACAUGGGUGGAGAGGACAGCCAGGACCCUCUGGAUAACGCGAAGCGGCGUUCGGGUCGUCAGGUCAAAAGGAGAAAGUAUAACGAGGAUUUGGAUUUUAAGGUUGUCGACGACGACGGAGAGACGAUCGCCGUUCUCGGAUCCGGACGGAUUUCUGCGCUGAACGCUACCGCUCUGGCGUGGCAGGCGGAGUUCUUACAUGCACUGCAAAUGGGCGACUCUGGAGGAGCUCGAGAAAGAUCCCAGAAUCCACCAGAAGAUAAAACGCUUCAGGACCAAACAGGCUCAGAUGAAACACCUGUUCGCUGAGCCCGAUGAAGACAUAUUUAAUCCAGACUACAUCGAGGUGGACAGGGUGCUGGAGGUGGCUGUUACCACGGAUACGGAGACCGGAGAGGAGGUCACUCAUUACCUCGUUAAGUGGUGCAGUCUCUCCUACGAGGAGGCGACGUGGGAACUGCAGGAGGACCUGGACCCAGAGAAAAUCAAAGAGUUUGAAGGGAUUCAGAAACUGCCGCCAGACCUCAGACACAUGGAGCGUCCUCCUCCAGAGAAAUGGCAGAAGUUGGAGCUUUCCAGAGAUUACAGGAACGGAAACCAGCUCAGAGAAUACCAGUUAGAGGGAAUGAACUGGUUACUGUUCAACUGGUACAACAGGAAAAACUGCAUCCUAGCAGAUGAGAUGGGUUUGGGAAAGACCAUCCAGUCCAUCACCUUCCUGUACGAGAUCUUCAGCAUGGGGAUCCGCGGACCCUUCCUCAUCAUCGCCCCGCUGUCCACCAUCACCAACUGGGAGAGAGAGUUUAGGACGUGGACGCACAUGAACGUCAUCGUGUAUCACGGCUCGCAGAUCAGCCGGCAGAUGAUCCUGCAGUACGAGAUGUUUCAUAGAGACGCACAGGGUAACACUAUUCCAGGCGUGCUGAAGUUUCACGGGUUGAUCACCACCUUCGAGAUGAUCAUGGCCGACUGUCCCGAGCUCAAGAAGCUGCACUGGCGCUGCGUUGUGAUCGACGAGGCUCACCGACUGAAGAACAGGAACUGCAAACUGCUGGAGGGACUGAAACUCAUGAACCUGGAACACAAGGUUCUCCUGACAGGAACUCCUCUGCAGAACUCGGUGGAGGAGUUGUUCAGUCUGUUGAACUUCCUGGAGCCGCUGCAGUUUCCCUCCGAGAGCAGCUUCCUGGAAGAGUUCGGAGACCUCAAAACAGACGAGCAGGUGAAAAAGCUUCAGGCCAUUUUGAAGCCGAUGAUGUUGAGAAGGUUGAAAGAUGAUGUGGAGAAAAAUCUCGCCCCGAAAGAAGAAACCAUCAUAGAGGUGGAGCUGACCAACAUCCAGAAAAAAUACUACCGAGCCAUCCUAGAGAAGAACUUCUCCUUCUUAUCUAAAGGAGCAAACCAGCACAACAUGCCCAACCUCAUUAACACCAUGAUGGAGCUCCGCAAGUGCUGCAACCACCCUUACCUGAUCACAGGAGCGGAGGAAAAGAUUCUGGAAAGCUUCAGGAAGUGUCACAGUCCGGAUGCUCCAGACUUCCAGCUGCAGGCGAUGAUCCAGGCGGCCGGUAAACUGGUGCUGAUCGACAAGCUGCUCCCCAAACUGCUGGCCGGAGGACACAAAGUCCUGGUCUUCUCCCAGAUGGUCCGAUGUCUGGACAUCCUGGAGGACUACCUCAUCCAGAGACGCUAUACGUACGAACGCAUCGACGGCCGCGUGCGAGGGAACCUGCGGCAGGCGGCCAUCGACAGGUUCUGCAAACCGGAUUCGGACCGCUUCGUUUUCCUGCUGUGCACCAGAGCCGGAGGGCUGGGCAUCAACCUCACGGCGGCCGACACCUGCAUCAUCUUCGACUCGGACUGGAACCCACAAAACGACCUGCAGGCUCAGGCACGCUGCCACCGGAUUGGUCAGAGCAAAGCGGUGAAAGUCUACCGGCUGAUCACCAGGAACUCGUACGAGCGGGAAAUGUUUGAUAAAGCCAGUCUGAAGCUGGGACUGGACAAAGCCGUGCUGCAAGACAUCAACCGCAAAGGAAGCCUCAACGGGGUGCAGCAGCUCUCAAAACUCGAAGUAGAAGAUUUGUUAAAAAAGGAGCGUACGGAGCGCUGAUGGACGAAGAAGACGAAGGAUCCAAGUUCUGUGAGGAAGACAUCGAUCAGAUCCUGCAGAGACGG